UUACUUCAUCAACUGUGUCUUCCCAGUGGAGCACUAUGAGACUUUCACGGACGAGACCCUUUCCGUAGAUAUGGGCUUCAACGUAUUCUUCCUCUUCUAUUUCGGAUUACGGUUUGUGGCAGCGGGCAAUAAGCUGAGAUUCUGGUUUGAGCUCAACUCCAUUGUGGAUUUCUUCACCAUCCCUCCAGUCUGUGUUUCCUUCUAUUUAAAGAAGUACUGGCUUGGUUUGCGGUUUUUGCGAGCACUGAGAUUGUUAGAACUUCCCAAAAUAUUUCAGUUUCUGAAGAUUACCAGGACAAGUAACUCCAUCAAGCUGACCAGAUUGUUAGCUGUAGUCCUCACCACCUGGCUGACAGCUGCAGGAUUUAUACACUUGGUGGAGAAUACAGGAGAUCCUUGGCUUGACCAUCAAAAUACCCAGUCCCUGAGCUACUUUGACUGUUUAUACUUGAUCAUGGUGACCAUGUCAACAGUUGGCUUUGGAGAUGUGGUGACUAAAACGUGCUUGGGUCGUAUUUUCAUGAUUUUCUUCAUCAUCUUUGGUUUGGUUCUGUUUGCAAAUUUUAUCCCUGAAAUUGUGGAUAUCGUUGGGGGCAAUCAACAAUACAAAGACUCCUAUGAGGUGGUGAGAGGGAGGAAGUUCAUUGUUGUCUGUGGCGAUAUCACUCUGGACAGCGUGACGGCUUUCUUAACAAACUUCCUGGCCCAGGACACAGGAGAUAUUUGCACUGAGAUUGUCUUUUUGGGAGAAACUCUUCCCAGUCUGGAGCUAGAAACUGUAUUCAAAUGCUAUUCUGCCUACACCACUUUCCUCCACGGCUCUGUACUGAAUGAUGAAGAUCUGAAGAGAGUGAAGAUGGGCUCUGCAGAUGCUUGUCUGAUCCUAGCCGAUACUUGCUCCUCAGACGCUUAUAUUGAAGACACUUCUAAUAUCAUGAGGGUGCUGUCUGUCAAGAACCACUAUCCAAAGACAAGAGUCAUCAUACAGAUAAUCCAGUCUCAUAACAAGGCCUACCUGUCCAAAAUCCCCCACUGGGACUGGAGGAGAGGAGACAGCAUCAUCUGUUUUGCGGAACUAAAACUCGGCUUCAUAGCACAGAGUUGCUUGGUCCCAGGCCUGUCCACGCUCCUCAGGAGCCUGUUCAUUAGGAAAAAGAGCUCCAAGGAGAAGAGAAAAGGCGUACGGCGCCGGAACGCUUUUGAAGGCAAAGAUUAUAAACUGCUGACGCAUUGGCUCUCCAAUGAUUUUGUGGACAUGACUUUUCCAGAGGUUUGCCGGUUGUGCUUUGUGAAGCUGGACCUUGUACUGCUGGCUGUUGAAUUCAGAUCAGGCAUCCAUGGAAACAGCAUCCUGGUCAACCCAUCUGCUGAGAUCAAGCUCCACCAAAACACAAUGGGCUUUUUUAUUGCCAGAUCCAAGGCAGAAAUCAGAAGGGCUCAUUUUUACUGUAAAGUCUGCCACAGCGAUAUUGAUAAUCCGGAGCUAAUUAAAAAAUGUCACUGUAAAAACAAAUCUCGGAGACAAUCCCUACCAGACAAGCUGAGGAUUCCCCAUAGUUCUCUGCAUGUUUCAGACCGAGUGCUGGUGAAGUCAAGGUCUCUUGGGAUCCUUCCUGCUUCAGGUAUCGCAGCCAGGAGUGCGGCAACCAUGAGAAAACAUAGCAGUAGCUUGCUGGAUGCCACGGGAAUGUUUCACUGGUGUGAGGCGGUGGCGCUGGAACAGGCUGUCCUGACGUGCCAGGGGCAAACUAUUUCACCUUUGCGGGAUCAUAUCGUGGUCUGUGUCUUUGGAAACGCUAACUCAACCCUGAUUGGGCUCCGGAACUUUGUCAUGCCUUUACGAGCCAGUAACUUCACUUAUCAGGAGCUGAAAGACAUCGUCUUUGUCGGGUCUCUGAAAUAUUUGAAAAGAGAGUGGAAAUUUAUCCAGAAUUUCCCAAAACUGCUGUUGUUCCCGGGCAGCGCACUCUCUAGUGCAGACCUGACCGCGGUGAAUAUAAGGGAUUGCACCAUGUGUACCAUCCUGUCUUCUGACCUAAGGACUUCCACUAAUCCAACUCUGAUGGACACCGAAAGCAUUUUAGCGACUCUUAACAUCCAGUCCAUGCAGUUUACUAGCGGUUCGGCUUCUGGAGAGGCAGCUGUCCGAGGGAGAACGCCGGAGAAUGAAUCAGUGCCGAGUUAUAAAAGGAUCCCCGUCAUCACGGAGCUGAAGGCUACAUCAAAUGUGCAGUUCAUUGAUCAACACACGAGCAGACACUCUCAAACCCCAGGACAGGAGCUGGAUCUUACCACCACCUUUCCUAGUGAAACUAUAUUCUCCGAUAGCUUUUUGGAUUCUCUCUUGUCCACUACCUACCGUAACCAUCACAUCUUGGCUCUGCUCCAGACUCUGGUGACGGGUGGGACAAGCCCGGAAUUGGAGGAACAGCUGGCAGAGAAGAAUAUGCUGAGUGGCAAUUUCAACAACAUAGGCUUCGUGGCACCCAGAGGAAGGUGCAAACUCGGCCUUCUGCCCCUGUCCAACAGACUGUUAAUGGACUCCCAGGAUACCUUUGGAGCCAUUUACUGCAAAGCACUAGAUUGGUUUGGAAUCCUUUGCUUUGGUCUUCACCGUCUGGAAGAAGAGCCCAAUCCAUACAAGAAUAGGUGUGUGAUUGCUCGGCCCCCCAGUGACUUCAAGAUGCUACCUACGGAUCUGCUGUUUUGUGUUGUCCCGUUCAGCACCACAGCAACGAUGGAUCUGUCCAUUUGUGAGGAGGAACUUGCACACCACGGUGGCAGGAGAGCCACACCAACAGCUCCAGAGAGCAGCAAGAACCUAGCCUGUGAUGUAUUCCCUGGAAAUAAAAUAUAAUGUAGUGAUUGAUUAUUAAGACCGCA